AUGAACAACCAGCAGGUGAAGCUCGGCGGAGCGGCCGUGUCGCUGCCGGCCGACCUCAGCUGCCUGCAGGCCGGCGGCGCGGAGGGCGAGGCGGCGCUGGAGACGCUGGAGAAGCAGCUGAUCUGCCCUAUCUGCCUGGAGCUCUUCAACAAGCCCGUGGUCAUCCUGCCCUGCCAGCACAACCUCUGCAGGAGGUGCGCCAACGAGCUCUACCAGCCAUCUCUGUUCCAGGCUCGCACCACGAUGCAGGUGAACAGCGGCCGUUUCCGCUGCCCAUCCUGCAGACAUGAGGUGGUGCUGGAUCGCCACGGCGUGUACGGCCUGCAGCGCAACCUGCUGGUGGAGAACAUCAUCGAUGUCUACAAACAGGAAGUCAGCAACAGCAGCAGCACCAAGAGCCCUCUCCCUCUCCUCCCUCCUCCUCCGGCUCACCUCACCUGUCCGGACCACGAGGGUGAGAAGGUGAACAUCUACUGCCUCACCUGUCAGGUCCCCACCUGCUCUCUGUGUAAAGUGUUCGGGGCUCAUCAGUCCUGUCAGGUGGCUCCUCUGACCGACGUCUACCAGCAGCAGAAGGAUGAGCUGAGUGAAGGCAUCUCGUCUCUGCUGACAUUCAACGACAAAGUUCAGACUCUGAUCGACGGACUGGAGGAGAGCUGCAGGAGCAUCCAGGAUAACUGUCAGACUCAGAAACAGAUCGUGUGUGACAAGUUCAGUCGUGUGUUUUCUGUCCUGGAGGAGAGACGAAGGGUGAUGACGCAGCAGAUCAGCUCGGAGCAGGACGAGAAGACUGGCCAUGCCCAGGUGCUGUUGCAUUGCUAUGGAGACAGGGUGGAGUCCAACAGCAAACUGAUGGAGAGAGCAAAGAGCAGCAUGGAUGAGCCGGACAUGGCUGCAUUCGUACAGAAUUCUCGAGAGCUGAUCACAAAAGUUCUGGCAGCAAGCGUCUCGUGUCCCACUGAGACGCUGAAACCAGAAUAUGAGAGUUUAAGCCGCUACAGAUUUAACUUCAGCCGACAAGAGAAAGCUCUGCGGAACCUCGACUUCCUCAGAGUGGUGGAAGACAGUCCUGCAGAACCGGAGGUGGAAACAGAGCCAGAAGAACCCAAAGAACCAAAAGAACCAAAAGAACCAAAAGAACCCAAAGAACCCAAAGAGCCUGCAGUCCUGAUCAUAGAACCUAAACCUCCCCAGGAACCCUCGGCCCAGAGCCUGGAGUCUGUUCCAGAACCAGUUAAAGAGCUCACAUCUUCUCCAGUGGAACCAGCUCCUCCAGCUCCUCCUCCGGUUCUGGUUCUGGACUUUGUGGAGCCUGCAGGGGCGGUUUUCAACCUGCAGCCAGAGAUUGAAGACCUGGACCUGAGAGACGGAGGAGGAUCUGAUCCGAUGAAGAACAGAACAGAGGAGGAGGAGGUGGAGCAGAGAUGUGCAGCUCCAGAUCCGCUGAAGGAGGGAAGCGUAUGUGAGGAGCAUGAUGGGAUGAGCACCACUCAGUGUGAGACAGUGAGUGAUGCAGGUGACUGGACGACUCACACUGAGACAGAGGACAGACAGGAAGAAGAAGAAGAAGAAAUGCAGAUGGAGAAGGAGGGAAUGGAUGCAACCUUCUACCCCGGCUGGUACAAACACAGCAGCUGGUGCAGAGUCGGCCAUGAUGCUGCAGCUGAAGAUUCAGAGGGCGGGAUCCAGACUGAGGCUGAAGGAGACCAGAUCGAGUCUGAGCCCCAAAUACAAACACAGUCAUGGAGUCUGGAGGAGCAAGAGGAGGAGGAGGUGCAGGAGGAGGUGCACCUCCCCAACCAGCCUCCACCUGCUCCCGCUGAGCUCCUCCCUCCUCUCCCUCAGGAGUCAGAAACCAAACCUCCGACUACUCCUCAGUCUCUUCAGGAGGAGGAGGAGGAGGAGGAGGACAUGCAGGGCUGGGUUUGCGUCCCCGGGGCCGUAGAUAAGGGCAGUUUUGACCUUGGAGAAGGUUUGUCUGAUAUUAAUGAUCGUCCACCAGAGGAGACUGUUUCUGCUGAGAGACGAAGCUCAGAGACAGAUAAAGACGACUGUGAGCUCAGAGAUGGAAGAGCAGAGGUGAAAGAGGAGAAAGAGGAGGAUUUAGAUGUAAAAUGUGCUUCAGAGCAGAAAGAGAAACGCUCAGGGGACGGCGGCUCUGAUGCUGAGACGAUUACUGAAGAGCUGGAGGAAGGAAAGUCUGAAGAAGGGAAAGAGAAGACAGAUUGUGACGGCUGGGCUGCAGGAGACGGAGGGUUAGAGAGUCUGACAGACGGAGAGUUAACGAGAAAGAAAGAUGGAGCGAGCAGCGAGCAGCCUGAAGACGUAAACACAGAAACACGCGUCUCUGCAGCUGAAGAGACAAUUACCCCGUCUGUCUCUCUGCAGAUGGAGACUGAGACCAGGAGUCCUGCUCUGACUGGUCCUCCUCCUCUCUCCUCCUUUUCCUCCUCUUUCAGCCUCAGUGAGGCGCCUCGUCGACCCAGUUUCUGCUUCUCCUGGCUGAACCCCCUGAACAACAAGAAGAAGUAGAGGAAAGAGAAAAGCGUUUGGAGAGGAGAGAAAGAAAGAAAGAUUCACUCCAGAGUCAGUUUGUUCAGCUCAGUGCUGCACAGAGACUGAAAACAUGUUUGAUAAAACAGAAGUUUCAUCAGCAGUCUCUGUUUUGUUCUCUUUAAAACAUAUUUGAACAAAACAGGAACCUAUCUGCUCUGGAUGUGUGCUCUGACACUGUUGGACUCUUAUUUUUAAAAAACUCCUUGAGAAUGAAUGGAGAAGUAUUUUUUUUUAUUGAAGGAAGGUCAUCACAAAUGUGAAGUUUGUGAUUUGAAGUGGCAUUAGCAGAGGAGUCAUAGAAGUAUUUAGUAUUGGUAUUGUUAUGUGGAAUAGUAUAAUAAUGUAAUACUGAUUCUAAAAAAAAGUUGAUAUGCUGUAAAAAAAUUAAUAAAAACAGAAUUAUUUGUGUUAAAUACAUUCAGUUGAAUACAGUUAAAAGACAAGAUAAGUUUUUUGUUUUUUUUUGCAAAUAGGCACUCAUUCUGAAUUUGAUGCAUUCUGUUUUUAUUUGCAUUUGCCAGCACAGUGCAACUACAGCAACAUGAACCCAAAUAAACUCUGAUUUAUUUAGCUCCGAUUUAAUUAUGAUAAACUGAUCAAAAUAAUGCAGAAAUAACAACAUCAUAAUGCUGAUGUGAAGAAAGUCUGACUUCAUGCUCGGUUCGUCUGCAAACAACCUUGCAAAUUUCUUGUUUGAGUUUAAAAAUUUAAACUUGUGCAAUAAUGCAGUUAUUGUUCAUCUGUGUUAUGUGACUGUAGGUCACUUAAAGGCCACCGAAGUCAUGAAUAACAAGGAUUUUCUGAAAGUUACACAUAGUACCUUUAAAUUCACAAGAUUUUGACUUUACACUUGUUACGAGUUUUAGCUUGACAUUAGACAUGAAAAAAACAAAAGUUCUUAAUUCAAAAGUGUUUUAACAAUAAAUAAUGAAUACUAGAAGACUUGUAUGUGCAGUUUGAGCCACUUUGAACUGGUGAUUCUGGAUGUCACAUGUGAAGCAGAUUGUUUGGUUUGGUAUUAAAAACAUUUUCUGAUUUAUUUUCUUUUUGCAGCAGAUUUGUAUGUGAGUUUGUGAGUGAGAACUCAGUGUUUGUUGAGUGUUGUUUUGUAAAGUGGUGACAAAGUGGGACAGAGUGGUUCAGAUGAGAUGCUGGUUUUAAUAACAUGUAGAGAUUAAAUAAAUCUGAUUUUACUCA